AUGCCGUUGCCGGAAAUAAUUUCACCUGUAUUCGAAUCAGCAGCGCAGGACGGCGAACAGGAUGAGUCAACCUUUUACGGCCCCUAUAAUGUCCUUCUCACCUACUUGUUUCCAAUCCAAGAGGAGUACAUGGUGGUGCCGCAGUACAAACGUCCAACUCAGCUGACAUCGGUGGACUUCACUACCAUCUUUCUCGUUAAGCACAAACACCAUCCUGUGUUUUUUGUUGAGGUUAAAUCUUCUGAAAGUCUUCGCCAUAUCUCUAGUCGCCGUGAAGCAGACCUGCAAAUGCGGGAAAGAUGCGAGCGUCUUUUUGAGUACGUUGAACUCCAGACCUUGUAUGGAGUGAGUGCGAUGUGAACUAAAAUUUGUAUCUACCAGCUCGAUAGGGCGAGCCGCCGGUUAGAUCCAAAUGCCAUAGGAGGGGAUCCCAGAUUUGUCAUUGAUACAGCAUCAGCACACUACCGUAAUCUGGAUAUUAUGACCGCGGAGGGGGAAGAAAAGCUUCGGGAAGUUGUUCGCCACAUAAAGGCAAUGUCCAGCGGGCUCUAAAGGCUGGUCUUUCAGAUUUCAAGUUGCAGACUGAAGCUAAUAGCAUUGUAUUUCUAGGUACGAAUUUGUGUGAGAUGAGCGGCGUUGGUUGGGGGGUAUGGGAAGAAGCGUGUUGGGACCUGGUGAUCGUGGGUGGGGGGGCAUUAGUGGCUCUUCGUUUUCGCCGUGGUGGUGUUCUGGUUUGUGUUUGUAGGAAAUUGCGGCUUGUUCAUGAUUGAACCUGGUCCGCGCGGGUAGGGGGGCGUUGGUGGCUCUUAGUUCCCAUCUUUGUAGUGUUCCACCUUCUGUUUGUGGGGCAUUACGGUUUGUUCGUUAUUGAGCCGGGUGCGGGUGGGGGCAUUGGUGGCUCUUUCUUUCUGUCUUGGUGUUCUAGUUUCUGUUUGUGGCACUCUUAGAGUUUGUUCGUUAUUUUUAUGGACGAGGAUCUGGCACCCGGUA